AUGGAGGUCGAGCAACAGGAGGUCGCAGCCGAGGAAUCCCUUUCCAAGGCCAGUCCCACUGGCCCUGACGAGAAGUCUCAUGGCCACACAUGUGAGCUGUGUGGCCGAAACUUUCCUUUCCUUAGCUCUCUGUCCCAGCACAUGAGGAAACACACUGGUGAGAGGCCGUACAAGUGUCCUCAUUGUCAGUACCGUUCGGCGCAGAAAGGCAGUCUGAAGGCCCACGUUCGUACCCACAAGCUGGAUGGUCUCACGCAAAGCCCCGCGGAUGGUGAAGAAGUGGAGGAGGAAGAUCAAGAAGGGGGUGUCCCUGAAGCACAGGAUGGUUGUUCUAGCCCCACUGAGAGCACCUCUGCCUGCAACAAUGUCAUUAAUGGUGAGGAGACCACCAAGAGGCGGAAAAAGGGGGUCAAGAAAGAGAAACUGGUUAGUGAGGGCAGCAAGCAGUCCUUCCAGUGCUCCCUGUGCAGAAAGAAAUUGUUUAGCCAGGCUGAGCUGGAGCAGCACAUGCAAGAGAUUCACAAGGUGUUUAACUGUCAGCUGUGUAGUUUUGAGGCCUCACAGGAGGAUCAGCUUCUGGCCCAUGUGGAGAAGGUACAUUCCUCAGAGGAAGGUGCCACCACACCAGAGGGCCUCACUGUGGAUGGGGCAGGAGAGGAAAACGAGGGCGUCAGAGGGAAUUUUCCAUGUGGGCAGUGUGAUCAGGUGUUUACACAGGCCUGGCUUCUCAAGACACAUAUGAAGAAGCACCAAGGAUCCCUGGACCACGGUUGUCGCAUCUGUGGACGCCGCUUUCGGGAACCCUGGUUCUUACGAAGCCAUAUGAAGACCCACAGCACUAAAACAAAGCCCAAAAGUGAAUCAGAUCCUCCAGCUACCAUCAACAAUGUGGCACAGGAUGAGGCAGGGCUUGUAAAUGAUGUUUGUCUCUAUGAACUUUGCGCCAAAUGUGGCAACUUCUUCCAUGAUCGUAAGAGCUUGUGGCUGCAUGAAAAAGUCCACAAACACAUUUCCGAUGGUCGCAGUGUGAGCCCCACCCGUCAGUCUCCGCAUGUUGACGAUGAUCCGCAGUCUCCCGCUGGAAAGAGACGCUUCUUGGAAUGCUUGAACCUGAGACCAGCAGGGACAGGAGAGAAUCUUUUUGAAGGUAGCCUUGGGAAGCGAAUUCCAGAGCUGGACCCAGUGAGCAGCUACCAGGCCUGGCAGUUGGUCACCAGAGGCAGAGUGGUAGAGGUGUCAGAGAAAAGCCUUGGCUGGGAGGAACGACUAGCAGAUGCAGAUGUAGCAUAUGAUCGGGAAAAAGGAGAGUAUGUGCUAUUAAAGCAGGACAAAAGGAAGAGACAGUUAGAGUCAUCUCCUGGAAAUCCUAGCAGCAAGAAGAGGCGAGGGUCUGCAAACCAAGUUUACAGUCAAAGCGGUCAUGCUGGCGGGGUCACUCCUCAUGGCAACAGCGAGAGGAAUGGGCCAGCCAUUACAGGCGACCUUAGCCCAGAUAACUGCAAUGACUUGGAAUAUCGUCCCUCUUCCCGCACUAGUCGCAAGAAUGCCAAAACUAAGACCUCAGAGUGCUUGGAGUGUGGGAAAGGUUUCCGCACUCACCAGCAGAUGGUGAUACACAUGCUUAUUCGACAUGGUGGCCUAAGUGAUGGCACAGAGGAUGGGUCCCACUCUGCUGGCCUGGGCAGCACUUCUAGACCUGCAGACUCUGCAUCAGACUCUCCUGCAGCCAGUGCCACCAGGGAAGCAAGACAAAGAGGUCAGCCAGGAGAUCAAGAUAAAAAGCCAUACACAUGCAGUCACUGUGACUUCUGCACUUCAAGCUCUGCUGCCAUGGCAGCACACAUGCAGACCCAACAUGCGCUCAUCAAGGAAUGGGAGAAGAGACAGGGCGCCUUCACCAGUACACUAAACCAAAGCCACGCACAGCUCAGCAGCACCCUGUCCUCUGCUUACAGAGGUUUCCCUAGGCUGAGGCAUGCCCUGCUACAACAACCCUAUUGGCCCUACAACACCUCAUGUCACCCAGAGGGAUCAGGCCUGCGAAGCACAACCUCUCCCAUUAGAAAAAACGAGACGCACCGGGAAGGGAAGGGCAAAGGGGACAGAGAGUCUAGCUCUGAUGACAACACUGAUGCCAGUCUCCUUAAUCUGUGCAUAGGGGGUGGUGACCCAAAAGAGGGAGUGUCAAAGCCCUCUCAAACUACCCUGGUCAGACACCAGUGUCCAUAUUGUUCCCAUGCUACAUUCUACCCAGAGGUCCUCUGGAUUCACCAGCGUGUCGCACAUAAAAUUGACAGCAGCGUGCUGGCUCCAAAAUGGGCGCCCAGAAAUGGCUUUAAGAGUAUCAAAUCUUCACUUGAAUUCAAGAGACGCACGGGACCUCCUCCUUUCCUGGAGGGCAAGGACUGCCCGUCUCUGCCCCAAACACGGACGUCGCGUACAAGCCCACCUGAACCCAGCCCUUCGGGAGCAAAGAAGACAGAACCUCGAACGAGCAGUUCCGAGUCCGGUUCUUCACUGACGAGGGGACAUCUGCCAGCUUCGGGCCCCUCGGGGGCGUCCCCUCAGUCUUCUAAACAAAAGGGGAACAGGUCAAAGCUUGAUGAGUUGGCAUGCAGCACCAAACCCAAAACUGAAGCACAGCAAAGCUGCUCUUCUGCAGCCACCUCUGUGAAGCCUUCAGCCAGCUCUCAGAGGUCCUCAUUACCCAGCCCAAAGACAGGGAGUAGAGUGAUGGAGAGCAGCCUACUUCCUCAAGAGGGUCUGCGGUUUAUGCUCUCCAGUAAACAAAACCCCUCAGAACACAGGACAACGAAGGCUUCUUCCCAACACACCCCUGGUAGAGCUGACCAAAUUGUCCAGGCCAUGCAUUCCUCUGCCAGCUAUGAUCCCUGGGGCAGACUGGGCAUUGGAGGACCUUCAACUCAUGCACAGCUGAAGAGGGAGCUGUCGACAGACUGCCCAGAGGCUACGGGGGACAUUUUAAAUUUCCUCAAGAAUUGCAGCCCUCAAGACCUGGCCACCCUGUACCACCACUGGGGCUUCAGCAACGCCAUGCUGGAACAAGCAGCUGGGAUGGUGAGGUCAGGGGUUCAACAAGGAGAGCACAUCUGCCCUGUGUGUGGGAAGAGUUUCAGCCAGCCCAGCCACUAUCGCACACAUAUGAGAUCCCAUACAGGUGAGAGACCUUUCCGAUGCCGCUACUGUCCCUACAGCGCCUCACAGAAAGGAAAUCUGAAGACCCACGUCCAAACAGUGCACCGUCUCGCCUUUGACAACACGCAGUACCCAGAUGGGAGGCUUCGCCAGGGUCCGUCCACUGACCCAACCCAUUCCACCCAGCAGAAGUCAAGGGAGCAGCCCCUCUCAAAAGACUCGGACUAA